AUGGCAGAACAAACACCCUACCACCCACGCGAUGCAAUCUCCAGCACCACAAAUGCCGUAUUACUCAACGGAGCAGCCGGGGUGUUGAUCUCCGGGGUACAGAAUACAUUGGCGAAGGAGAAUCGAGGGUUAUUUGGGUUAUUUACAAAGACCGGGGGGACGAUUGCUAUGUUUGCUGCCGUGGGUGGAACAUACGCCUUCAUCAAAGACGCCUCCGCCAAUCUACGAGAAACAGAUGAUCCCUGGAACGCCGCUUUGGGUGGAUUCUUCGGUGGUGCUUUACUCGGGAUCAGAACCGGCAGGAUUCCGUACGUCCUAGGUUUCGGCGCCGGUCUAGCAACUCUAGUCGCCUCGUUCGACGCCGGCGGAAACCACUGGAGAGGAGCUAAAUGGCGUGAAGGGUAUGUAGACGACGUUGCCAGACGGGAGGCGAUUAGAUCGACGAGGAGGAGGGCUUAUGAAGAGACUAUUGAGGAGAUCGGGGAGGGGAGAGGGGUUUACGGACCUGGAUAUGCGGAACGGAGAGCGGCGAGGUUGAAGGAGAAGUAUGGAGUUGAAGUACCGUUGGAGCAUGAGAAGCCUUAUGCGUAUUAG